AUUUCGUUAUUAAAUUUUAUUGACUUUCUAUCUGUUGACAAACGGUUUACUCCAAAAUACAAAAGUUCGAUUUUGAUUUGCGUUUCUAGCAGCUUUGUGUAUCAUACAAAAUACAAUUUCUUGUGGAAUAUUGUUGAUCCGUACAAUUAAUAUAUUGUUUAUUGAUUUAGAAAUAUGGGAACAUUAUUUGAUCAUUUAAAAAGUCUUUUCGAAUACGAAUUGUACUCGAAUACCAGGACGUUGUCCAACCUAAUACUGGCCGUGUUUGACAGUAAUAGAUCCGUGUUAACGGCGCAGCAGCACUUUUCGACUCUAAUUUAUUAUGCAGAGUCACUAUUCCAAGAGCAUCAAUAUCGAGAAGCAGAGGGAGUUUUCCGUCAGGCACUGCAAGCCAAGCGGAAUCUGCCAAAAACCAAAUCUCCUAUUGGUAAAGGAAACGAGAAUCCUCCGGAUAUUUUCUCAGAGGUUGAAAUAAAAUACAAAACAGCUAGAUGUUUAAUCGAGAUAAAACGUUUCCGGGAUGCUAUCGUAAUGUUGCAAUCGCUUUCCAUCAAACAGCGGACACCAAAAGUAAACAUGCUUCUGAGUCGUCUGUAUCAUAAUCACGGCCACGAAAGGAGUGCUAUUGGCACAUAUAAAGAAGUAUUGAAAGAUUGUCCUCUUGCUUUCGAAGCUGUUGAAGGAUUAUUGUCGUUGGGGACAAACGGAAUCGAGGUUAAUACGCUGAUACUCGAUGCAACUCUUGCACCCCAGUGCAGUGACUGGCUGAGCAACUGGAUAAAAGCCCAUGCUCACAUGCAGAAUAGGAAAUACUCAGAGGCUAUACAAACUUUUCGGUCUAUUGAAUCAAACACAUCCUUGUCCAACUAUCAUCAGCUUUUGGUUCAGAUUGGCGAAUGCUAUUACCAUAACGGCGAGUAUGAGAAUGCUUACACCUAUUUGAAACGAGCUCACAGCUUGUAUCCCUACAUGAAAAACGGAAUCCAAAUUCUGGCAAUAUUAAUGGCUAAAAAGAAGAAAAUGAAUGAACUUGAAAAAAUGAUUGCACCCACAUCCACUUUUCCAAUGGAAUACUCAUCGGAAAUGUGGUUUGUGAUGGCUCAGUAUCUCUACUCCACGGCCAAGUACGACAAAGCGGUUUAUUUUGUGCAAAAGGCGUGCUUCCUGAAUCCUAAGAAUGCCGAAGCGCUGAUUCUAAAGGCGGAAAUCCUGCUGCAACUGAAGAAGUAUCAGGAGGCGAUAGCCCACCUACGCUUUGCUCAGCAGUUUGCUCCUUAUCGCUACGAGGUGCAUAAGGUUCUGGUCGACACCUAUCUGAACAUGAAUCGUCUCCGGGAGGCGCAGGCCCAAGCACUGAAGGCCCUUAAAGCUAUCGGAGAAACGCCACGACUCCUCGUGCUUUUGGGACGAACUUACUUGAAGGACGACACCACGAAGGCAAAAGCUAAAACAUUAUUUACUAAGGCUCUGGAAAUGAACGAAAAUUAUUUGCCGGCGGUCUACCUGUUGGCCGAUCUGUACCGCCAAGAAAAUGAUGCAUCCAGCUGCAUAAAACUGCUGAAGAAGCACGCUUCGCUUACUCAAAACUGCAAGCUCCACGCCAUGCUGGGGGAUCUUUUGAGUAAUGACAAGGACCAUUCCGGAGCAUUGGAGCAUUAUACCAUUGCAUUGAAUCUCGAUCCAACAAAUCGUUGCGCAAUGGCAGGACUAUUGGCAAUGGGUCAAAGCGCGGGUGGUGCUAGUGGCGUUCCAGGUUCAUCCUAUUUGGAAUCAUCGAUGGUAGAGGAAGGCAGUGAUAUGCAAGAUAACCCACUUGAAAUGAUAGAAAUUCCUCAUAGCGCCCAGAACGACCUUGGAUCCGAAAGCGAUAUUAUGUGGUCCGAUGUGGAGAUCGAGAUCAAUCAAUAAACGUGUCUGUUUGUGAUGUAUUAUGUUGUUUGUAUAACAUUAACACACAUUGCAUUCUAUAAAUAUUAAGAAAUAAAUUAGACAUAAACACUUUCCUCUUUAUUCCGAA